AUGAUGUCAAUACUCUCAUCCUCCAUUCCCACGCUUUUGACACUCUUGCUGCUCUCAUCAUCAUGGCUGGUUGGAUCCGCCCAAGCUCGUGAAAUGUGCAAUCUUUGUGGCAGUCAUUAUGUGACACCCGAUUGGGACAACACGGCAUCCACGGCACCCUUCAUGACCUGCCGACAAGUUUACUUUCAAUUGGCAACUCUUGAAUCACACGAUCACCGAUGCUCUCCACUUCAGCAGCAAUUCAAUUAUGCCUGUUGUACGGGAAGUAGUAACACUGGUGGUGGUGGCGGUGGCGGUGGUGGUGCAGCACUCAGGGCACCACCCGUCAACACUGGUGGAAACGAACCAACGUGUAACAUUUGCAACGAUGGUUCCUAUCCAGGAAACCCCAAUAAAUUCAUUUCUGCACGAUACGUUGGAUCCUAUUCCUGUGGAACCUUGUUUGAGCGAGGACGAGAUGGUCACAUUCCUUCAUUCAUGUGUGGUCCACUCAAACUCAAUCUGCAGCAGUCCUGUGGAUGUGGUCAGUUUGCUCCACCACCCACACCAUCACCAGUGAGGAAACCAACUCGUCCACCCACAAGACCUCCCACAGGACGACCUACUCGUCCACCAACCCCACACCCCACCAGACGGCCUUCCCCACGUCCCACUCCGUCUCCUACUCGGCCACCCACUCCUUCCCCGACACCCAAGCCCACUCGUCAAAAGCCAACCAAACCACCCACACGGCCACCCACCGACAAACCAACCUCGGCACCGACGGAAUUCUCGGCCAUUGCACGAAAAGAAAUGCCAGAGGGUGGUUCAAAAGUGGCCUUGAAAUAUGCCGGUGGAUACAGUCAACGAAAUUAUGGACAACGACGUGGCCUCAAGGAGACCUUGUCCCAAGAGGCUCCGAAAGAGAUGAGUGAUUGA